AUUGUAUUAACUAGUUCCAGAGAUUCAUUUUUUAAUUUCGUUUGAGAAUGUUUAGUAGUUAUCAUCAAACAUCGGGUAUAGUGACACAUAGUGAAGUAAAAAUCGUAUAAUUCUAAUAAAAUGAUAAUUUGAGUGGACAAUUUAUAACUACAGCAGAAUAUGUAAUUUAUAUUAGUAGCAUUAUGCUAACGUUAUCAAUUUUUAACUUUUGUAUCUCAUCCAAAUGUUUUUUUUAAUACUUUUUAUACUACAUGCAAUAUGUGACGCCGCUCCUGGACAUUAUGAGUGCGGUGUACACGGAAGGUUUGAGUACUGCAUCGACGAUUUCCCGGGCUGCGUCGUCGGCUGCCACUGCUACCCCGGAUAUUACUUCGACACAGACUCUAAGAUAUGCGAGCCCAACACUAAACUGACGCAAGACUAUAGACGCCAUAUGACACCUACUGGAUACACCUACGGAAGCAGUAGCGCGCUAGUACAUCCAGUAGUACCGUCUCCCCCGCCAGUGGUAACUGCCAGCACUGCCGAACCCGCUCAAGACAGCGACAACGGCGACCUCAGCGACUGGCUCUAUAACCAGUUCUUUAAAACUAUAGAAAGCCAAGUGGUCAAUAAAACAGACGACGAGCCCUUGAAAACGGGUACGAGAAGGAGCGGUGCACCGAUAGAAUCGUUCCUCACACGAAGACAUAAUAACAGAAAAAGGAAGUCUAAAAAACGUAGUUCGCGUAAAAAGACAAUUAGGGAUGAUGACGAGGACAGUGAGGAAGAAUCCAGCUCCAGUUCCGACUCGUCAGAUUCAGACUCCGAUGAUUCGAGAGGCGACCUGGGCAGCUGGGAGCGUAUCGAGUGGGGCCCGCGCCCGUCCCCCCCAAACGGGCCGCCCGGAGCCGAAAAAGAUGGUGCCCAUAGGCAGAUAGUCAUGUUCAGCAAAAAACCUAAACCACCGCUACCGUCAUUUAUUUUCUUGCCAAAUAUGGGAACGGCAUUUUUCCCGCCGUUGGGACUACCCGCCCCGCCUAUACCGAUGUACCCUUUGGUACCCAUCCCUCCAAUCCCUCAGGGUCCACCAGAUUAUAGUGAAAAUGGUCAAACUACUGUAGCGGCAUCAAUGCAGCAACCAACAACGUCUGCCCCGACUACGCCUACGGGCGCGGCCACGCCGUCACCAGCGCCGACGACGGCAUCGCCGCCUGCGCCGUCGACCACCGCGCCGACCGACACGCAGACCGACGUCAAGAAAGUCUUGCGUACUCACAAAUUGCUUAAUACAUUCCGUCCUCCUCUUAUCAAAAAUCGAAACAAACCACAAACGAGACAAGUAUUCAAACCAUCACCGCUACCACCUAUGCCACCUAUGGAUUACCCUAUGAAGCCAUACGUCCAGGAAGAUGACUACAGUGACAUGUUUAUGGGAGACAAUAACUUCCUCUUCGAACAAGGUGACAAAAUGGACGCCGGCCCUGACUUCAAAUAUAUAAGUGAACUUAUUCAUCGGAACACCAAUGAAAGCAACAAAAGCACAUCAAAACCGCCCAAUAUGGUAAAUCCUCGGAAACAUGAACAAUUUCAGGGCAUAAAGCCUCCUAUACCUAAGAGAAGACAUCCCAUCACGCCAGGUCGUCUCGAUUAUCCCACACGACGUCGAUUCGAUUCGAAAAAAAACAAAGAAGACGACUCUUAUUACAGUACAUUAGGAAAACAAAUAGCAAAACUUAUUAGAGGAUUGGAUUCUGCAGAUGUCCUUAGAGCUAACAUCAAAAUUGAACCAGCUGAGGACCCUAAAACUGCACAUCCAUUUUUCAGUGAGAAUAGUUAUGCGGCGCGUACUUACUGGGAAAGAUUUGUACGAUCUCCACUGAGUUUGAGAUUGCAAAAUUUUACAAAAUACGAAGAUUUAAUAGCCAGCAAUGAAAAUUUGUAUGAACUUGAAAACCAGGUUCAGGGAGCAACGUCUGCGCCUGUGUUGAGUUGGUUAGAACUUGAAAAUGUUAUCAAUACAAUGGGGGCAAUACGAAAUCAGAUACAUGGCAGAACGAUAAAAAACCAUAACGAUAAACUGUCAAACGUUAGCCUUAAUGUUAGCCUGCUGCCGCGGUUUAGUGCAAAAAAUGUCGUAUCGCAGAAACCGAAAAUAAAAACUAAAGAUUAUAUGCUUUUCGCAGAGUUCGACGAUGUUAUUGGCAAAUUAGCCAGAUCUAAUAAACAUCCAAAUUUAUCAAACAAAGGGUUUAAUGAGAAAACAGAAGAACUUAACAAACAAUCUAAAAAUGGAAGAAACAUCACUUUAGUAAAUAAAGUACCCGGAUCCAUUCACCUCAACACAAACAUUCAUGUUCUGCGUAGUGUGGUAUCCACACUAAAACCAAUAUUUUUAACGUCACAUAAAAAAGGUAAAAAAGACGCCGUGAUACCAGUAAAAAAGGAUCACGACAACGUUAAAAUUGAUUAUUUCAAUAAGAUCGACAAUAAACCUCAUAUGUUUCAAGCAUCCACUUUCGUAAGGUCAAAAAAGUAUUUCUUUGACAGUGGCGCCAACACCGAUUAUCAGUUCGAAAAAUGGGCUAUAGAUUAGCAUGUAAAAAACGUUUUUAGAAAACCAAAACAAAAGAACUUUCUAAGUAUUAACUUCGAAUAAUAAAUAAAACCAAUUCUUAAACAGGGUCUGCUUGGUGUAAUCCAGCGAGUGUUUACGAUACACAAACUCGGAGCAGCAUGCCAAGUCCGGCUGCAGUGCAGUGGAUACCCGCGCAGUAGGCUCCGUCCUGCAACCGAGCCUGCCAGUUUUCACAAACUGCAUCGUGACUAUUGCUGCAAACAUUAGAAGAUUGUUGCAACGCUCAGUGUGUAAAGGGGAAAUGAAGGCCGCGCAGAAUUAGAUAUCCUUUCGUGUAGAAGAAGGAAUAAACGGUAAUCCUGUUGUAUUCUUCACAGACAAUUUAAUUCCCAUUUCAUAACGCGCGACGUGCAGGGCCGCAUCGCGGCGAUGCCGGCGGCGCGGUACGGCGGCUGCAUCUCGCUUAGCUUACGUACCAUCAGCAAGUAGUGAAUUCGAGCGCAAGGGACGCGAUCACGCCGCUUGCACUGCUGCUAGUAUUCCCACUUCCAUUAUAGCCAACUUAAUCUCCUCGAUACGGGAUUUCCAUAUUUUGAACUCGCUUCUAACAUUUCCAUUUAAGUCGCAAGUUUUGAGCCGAUUAUUAUAAUUGUCGACUGAUGUAAGCAUAUCGAAUAGCGCCGAACUAAAGCUGUAUAAAUUGUCGCAAUAACAGUUACAUGCAGGUCGCAUCGACCAAUUUAGUUGGGUUCAAAUGGUGUCGUUUGAACGGGUUUUGGCAUGUAAAUAAAGAUUUGAAUAAUGUAAUUUCUUUUUAUGAUACUCGUACGAACCCAUGUACACAUGUGCAUUUAUAAUGCCUCAAUGAAAUGAUAAUGUUUCCUUGGAUUCAGGAACAUUUUUUUUCCAAGGACUUAAUAAAAUCGGCCAAGAGCAUGUCGGGCCGCGCUCAGUGUAGGAUUUCGUAGUUACCAUUCUGUCAGAGCAGGCCAAACGGGGGCUAUGAAUAAGUAAGUAUCAUGUAGGUAUCAUAGAAUAAGUAAGUAUCAUAGAAGUACAUUCCAAGUAUAAAUGAGUACCUUCGUAGCGCGUUGUACGUCUUUUUACUAAGAAGAGAAGAUUUUUGCAAUAACUUAAAAACGGCUGGGCCGAUCAUGAAAGUAUUUACUAAGCUUUUGUUUCACGAUUUUUUCGACAUAUGGUUCGAAGUUAGUUGGGGGGGUCACAUUUUUUUUUCUUUCGGAGCUAUGAUUUCUGAAAAUAUAACUUAUUGGUUUUGAAAGACCUAAAAGAAAAUAUCAUUUUGUAUGGGAAAUACCCUAUAUAAAACAUUUUUUUUGUACUGUUCUGGCGCCAUACAUGAUUUAUGUAUCCAUGCCAAAUUGUUGCUUUCUAGUACUAACGAUCACGGAGCAAAAUCGCGGACGGAUAGACAGACGCGUGAAAUUAUAAGGGCGUGACAUCGCGAAACUAUAAGGGUUUCUAGGUGACUACGAUACCCUAAAAAUCCUUACAUGUUUGUCGAACCACAAAAUCAUGAUAUAUCAUUUUAUAAUCGCUGAUUUUACUCAAUAAUUAAUUACGAAUGGGAUAUUUUUUAUUAAUUUUACCAAGCUCCGGACUUUAAUCUACUUUCGGUGACAGUCUGACAGAGACAACCAAACUACGACAGAAUAAAACACGCGAAGGCCUAAAACAGGAUGGACCUGACUAAAUUAUGAAGGAUUUUUUGUCAUUAUUCAUAAACACAUAUCUAAAAAUCCAAGAAAUAAACUCAUAUUUUUUGUUCAGGAUAACAUACUUGAAUCUGGAGAAAUAUUAUAAUUAACGAUAUCGAUAACCAUGAUAAUGUCCUUUUUGUUUUCUAGUAGCAUAGUUAUAUACCUAUUUCCUAUAGUAGAGUAGAUACCUACAUAUAGGAGGCUUGCACUGAAAGAUUCGGAAAUCGCUUAUUUAAUUAUACAAUUAUCAUUCAAAUUCAACAUUUUUAUAAUCAUAAAGGGCUGACAACUCAACACAACUGGCAGUUUGAAAAAAAAACAACAAUUUUUUUUAAUUUGUUGUCUAAGCGGAGUGGUUGUUGACAAAAUGGAACUAAUAACGCGGGAAAAUUUAAGAGCGGUGAUAUUUAACGAUUUUAAAAGUGGUUACACAAACCAAGAUUAGAGCGGAUGACUUCAACAUUUGGGGAGGAAGUUACAUCAAAGACGACUAUUUAUGGCUGGUUUUCCGAAUUUCAUCGCGGUCGUGUUAAUCUUUAGUGAUGAUGUGCGUAAAGAUCGGCCAAAAUCUGCGGUCAUCCAAGAAAACGUCGACGCAAGUCGGAACCUGAUUGAGAAAGAUCGACAUGUCACAUAUCGUGAAAUUCAGUCAUGUUUAGGGAUUGGAAUGAGUCAAAUUCAAACAAUCUUGUGAACAGAACUAGGCGUAAGAAAACUGUUUACCCGUUGGAUCCCGCACCUACUUUCCGAAGAACAAAAGACGGCCUUAGUCAUUUGGUGCUGAAAAAAUCGAGAAAGGGUCAACAAUGGAACUUCAAACGCAGUUUUUAAUAUCGUUUCGGGAGAUGAAACGAAAGCAUACGAACCUGAAAAUAAAAACCAGUCUCAAGUUUUGGUUUAUGAAAACGAGCUGAAGCCAACCAAGGUUGUUCGCUCUCGAAGCACGGCGAAAAAGAUGGUGGCUACUUUUGUGUCGAAGUCCGAUUAUAUUGCGACUGUUGCACUUGAGGAGGAGGAGGACUGUUAAUGCAGAUUGGUGCACAACGAUUUGCCUGCCUGAAAUCGUCGGCAUACUUAGAAAAGAUAACUGUAACCGACGCAUCAUCCUCCAUCAUGACAACGCCAGCCCACACACCGCUCGUCAAACACAGGAGUAUUAAAUCAUAAUAAUAUCGUAUUAAUGGACCAUCCGCCAUACAGCCCCGACCUAAGUCCCAAAAAUUAAAGAAAAGUUACGUGAUUCACGAUUUCAGUUGCCAUAAGAAGCAGUCGAUGCCUUCAAAAACGCCAUUUCGGAGACUACUACUUUGGAAUGGAAUAACUGUUUCGAAUAAUUGGUUCGAACGUAUGGAAAAAUGCCAUAAUAUGUUAGGAGAAUACUUUGAAAGUACAGUCGUAUUGUUUAUUAACAGUAAAAGUAUUUUUACCCGA